AUUCGCUGGUUAAACUUCGUGGAUUUUAUCCUUCGAUUUAAUUUUAUACUCUUCAAUUAAAAUGAGUCACUUUUUUUUCUAAUUUUUUUUUGUAAUGAGAAUUUAUUAAAAAUGGGAAAUUUCUGUUAAUUCAUAAAAUUUUUUAUUUUUCGUAGAAAAUUGCUAUCUAUUGAAAACAGUAAAACGAAAUUACCUAAUUAAAUAUCGACUAAUCGACUAUACAUUUUAUACGAGUAUAAUUUUUGUUAUCUCUCUACACCUACCUACUCGAAUGAUAAAAAUUUAUGUGACGCUGAUUAAUUUUAAAAUGCAGAUUUCUGGAUUCUCCCAAAUAAAAUGUUUUCAGUUUUCUCGAAGAACCAUUCGUGUGAAUAAUAAAUUCUAAUUUCAUACAGUUUACUUUUGCCAAGUGUUCAGUUGAUAUUUUGAACUAAAUAUGUCCCAGGAACCUUACGAUAUUCUACUAAAAUUUCUUAUUACUGGAGAAGAAAGUAGUGGUAAAUCGUGUUUGCUUGAUCAGUUUAUCGAGAAAAAAUUUGAAGCACGUUAUGCAUUCACAAUUACCGUUAACGUUGGGUCAAAAAUUGUACAGACAGACUGGACAGACGGGAAAACCACCAAGUUACAAAUAUGGGACAUAUCUGGUCGACAAAAUUUUCAAGUGAUUACGGGAGAUUAUUAUAAAGAUUCAGUCGGUGCUCUGUUAGUAUUCGAUAUUACAAAUAGAAGAACAUUUGAUGCAUUAUGGAAAUGGCUGGAUCAAGCGCGUUCCCUGAUGAAUCCUCACGCUGUGAUAUUAUUAGUGGGUAAUAAAAAAGAUUUAGAAAACGAGAGAGAAGUUUCCAUCUUGGAAGCGGAACAAUAUGCUCGUGAAAAUGAGCUUAUUUAUUUAGAAACAAGCGCUAAAUCCGGAGAAAAUGUGGAAGAAGCAUUUUUAUUAUGUUGUGAACAAGUAGUCAAUAAGAUUAAAACAGGAGAACUCAAAAAUACGAUUAGAGUUCCUCCGAGUAUCACAAAAAUACCAAAAAAAAAUCACGCGUCUGUGGGAUUAUUAAAUGCUAAAGUAAACUGUCAGAACAAUUGCGAAGUGAGUACUGAUGAAUCACUCAUCACUUUUAAUGAAGUCGGAACGCAGGAGACUCGUAUCAAGAAAAUUGUUUGCGAAGUCAUAAAAAAGGAAAUUGCAUCCUUAUAUGAAAAAUUAUCCAGCUUGGAGAAGAAAAUCGAAGAUUUUUACAUCAUCAAAGCGCGCAUUGAUGAAACAGAUGAAAGGUUAUGAACAUUUGAAAUUAAUAAUCGAAGUUUAAUUCAAGACAUAAGGAGAAUGCUUUGAAAAGUGAAAAAAUUGCGAAAUCGAAGUAGAAAGGAGAUCGAGUAACAACGUUCUAACAAGUGGAAUACCUACCUACUUAUGCAUAAGUAUUACCUAAUACUGAUGCCCAAUUAAUUCUGUCUAGUGUCCACCCAUUUUUUAAAAAAAAUAUUUAUUAAAUACCUAUGUAGCAUAUGAAAUUAAAAAUACAAACGAAAAGAUGAAAUAAUAAAGAUUUCUGA